CACUUUCUCAACCCUCGAGAAUGCAUCGAUGCACGCCUCGCACUUUUUGUUCAGCCUCGCUUUGCUACUCACGCCUCUCUGCCUGAUCUCGACAACAUGGCUGUAUUCGUAUCCCCUCUGGCAUGGCUGCAGAUUUCCACAACCAGACUCAGACUGGACGCCGACCUCGAAAGCGCCGUUUAGACUCCUCGCGCUCGGCGACCCGCAACUCGAAGGCGAUUCCAGUCUUCCGAAGCCCUCUUUUCACUCCCUCCCAUCUCUUGCAACAAUCGUCCACGAUGCGCGAUUCGCGGGCUCGUGGUCGCGACGGCAAUACCUCCUCCGCGCCGCCUUGUCGGAUUACUCGCGGCGCUUGCCCAAGGAAAGUUGGAAGUGGGUCAGGCUGCAAAGGAAGAGACUAGAUCUUUGGGGCAAUGAUUGGUAUCUGGCGCAUAUUGUGCGGUGUUUGAGAUGGUGGACUCGCCCGUCGCAUGUUAGUGUGUUGGGGGAUUUAUUGGGGAGUCAAUGGAUUGGGAAUGAGGAAUUCGAGAGGAGGGGGAGGAGGUUUUGGGAAAGGGUUUUCGGGGGGCUGGGCGUGGUGGGGGAAGGGAUUAUGGGGGGAGCUGCUGGGGAGGAGGGGCAGGAGGGGCAGGAGGGGAGACAAUGGGGCGGGAGGGUCGAGGUUUUGGGCGAAGAUAAGAGCUGGGAAAACAGGGUUAUUAAUAUCGCCGGGAAUCAUGAUAUUGGAUAUGCAGGAGACUUGGACGAAGGCCGUGUCGAGCGAUUCGAACGCGCUUUUGGGAAAGUGAAUUGGGAUAUCUGGUUCACACUUCCUCGCACCAAUAUCUCUUCACCUUCUUCGAAUACUACGCUAGGCGAUGCCGAUAACAAUGACAACAACGAAACCGAUCCCCCGGCUCUCCGCCUCAUAAUUCUCAACUCCAUGAACCUCGACACCCCGGCCCUCUCCCAUUCCCUCCAAACCCAAACCUACUCCUUCCUAAACCACGUAAUCUCCACAUCUCGCCCCGUAACUUCCAAAACCCAUGCCACCAUCUUACUCACUCACAUCCCGUUGUACAAAGAACCCGGCAUCUGUGUCGACUCGCCUUUUUUCGAUUUCUUCGACACAGGGUCUGGUGUCAAGGAGCAGAAUAUGUUAAGUGAGCAUUCAAGUAAGGGGAUUCUGGAGGGAAUAUUUGGGUUGAGUGGGAAUGAAGGUGCCGAGGGGCAGGGCCUAGGGAGAAGGGGUGUGGUGAUUAAUGGACAUGAUCAUGAGGGGUGUGAUGUGCUACAUUACUUUCCACGGAUGGGAGAGGAGGACGGAGAAUGUGCGAAGUGGUAUGAGGCCCCUGAUUCUGCGACUGCGACUGAGGGUGCUUCUUGCACCUCCCCAUCUAUCCCCCACAUCCGCGAAAUCACACUCCGUUCCAUGAUGGGCGAUUUUAGCGGCCAUGCUGGCUUCCUAUCCGCCUGGUUUGACGCUUCCCUGGGCGAACACGGGGAGUGGAGACUUGAGUUUCAGACGUGUGGGUUUGGGAUUCAGCACUGGUGGUGGGGGGUAAUGCUCACAUCCAGCGAGGCGUCUCAGGAAGUUACUUGGAGUAGAUACCAUUUAGAGAUUUAA